UUGUAGUUUGUCCUGAACUUUUCGAAAAGAAACAAGUAGUGAACUGAUAAAGGAUAUUUUUAUAACCUUUUCGUAAUUGGUGUUUUUUGCACCUAAAUUAUCUUCUGAGUGAAUUCAUCAAUAAAGUGCAUAUUUGAGUGGAAAUGUCUGUAUUUCCCGGCGAGAGUUGGGAAAAUGGCAGCACAGCUUGAUAUUCGGUUAAGGACUAUCUAUGCUACGAUUAAAUAAAUUUGACUACAUCUUUAUGCAGCAUCCGGAACCAGGAUAUAUUCCGGAAGUACCUUUUACUCCGAUUUGGAGUCAGGAUGCACCGCCACCAAUUGUACCAUAUCCGGAUUUAAUACCUGGAUUUCCAUGUCCUGAUUUAGCAAUCUGGCCUCGAUCUCAAGUUGGAAACAUAGCUAACCAAAGAUUGUCACCUCGUGGUGCCCUUCCUGCUCCAAAUCACACAUCCAAGAAACCACGUCGUCGAGUGGCAUCAAUUGCUCAGCGACGUGCCGCGAAUAUUAGAGAACGGCGAAGGAUGUUUAAUUUGAAUGAGGCUUUUGAUAAGUUACGAAGGAAGGUCCCAACAUUUGCCUACGAGAAACGCCUAUCUCGGAUUGAAACACUUCGCUUGGCUAUCACAUAUAUUAGCUUCAUGACCGAACUUCUGACUGGACAACCUCAACCGAAUAGUCACAAGACUCGAUCUCCCGAUAUUUACGCACCUAUUCCAGGACAUCACCAUCCUCAUCAUAUUCAUUCUACUUUCCAACGAGAUUAUGUUUCACCCUAUGGUCAUAGUUUGAGCGGAUAAGAUGGUUAUCUUUUUAGGCUUUUCAGUCUAAAGUCUAGUCAUGUUUCGUGCAAUUUAUUUUGUUAUUUAUUUGUAUCUUUUUAAGAAUAUAUGGAUCUAUUAGGAUUAAUACUA